AUGGAAUUAGAAAGUGCCACCCAGAUCGCUAUCAAACAGUGCAGACAGGAGCUCAGCGCCAAGAAUAAGGGCCGAUGGAGUUUAGAGAUUCAGAUCAUGAAGAGGUUGAAUCACAUGAACGUGGUGGCGGCGAGAGACGUUCCAGAAGAGCUCCAGAAACUGGCCACAAAUGACCUGCCAUUGCUGGCCAUGGAGUACUGCCAGGGAGGAGACCUACGCAAGUAUCUGAACCUGCUUGAGAACUGCUGUGGCAUGAGAGAAGCUGCUGUACUGACACUGAUUCAGGAUAUAUCCUCGGCACUGACGUACCUCCACGGGAUGAGGAUUAUUCACAGAGACCUCAAACCAGAAAACAUCGUCCUGCAACAAGGAGAAAAACGGUUGGUUCAUAAGAUCAUAGAUCUGGGUUACGCUAAAGAGCUGGACCAGAGCAGCCUGUGCACAUCGUUUGUUGGGACGCUGCAGUAUUUGGCCCCUGAGCUGUUAGAACAGCAGAAGUACACGGUGGCGGUGGAUUACUGGAGUUUUGGGACGCUGGUGUUCGAGUGCAUCACAGGAUUCAGGCCUUUUCUUCCAACCUGGCAACCCGUGCAAUGGCACAACAAGCUGUUGCAGAAACAAGUGGAUGAUAUUGUGGUUUACGAGGAUCUGACGGGAGAAGUUCGAUUCUCCAAACACCUCCCGAACCCUCACAACCUCAACAAACUGUUAGCUGGUGAACUGGAGAGCUGGCUACAAAUGAUGCUGAGAUGGUCACCUAAAGAGCGAGGCAAAGAUUUAAGAAAGCGGAGCCAGGACAGUCUGGACGGGGUCAAAGACUCGGAAGAGGACAGUAAAGAGAGCAGUUCAGAGGCCGGCAAAGACUCUCCAAAAGCUUCCUGUUAAAGCUUCCGAUCUCAACAUCACGUGUGAACAUGUCUAAUGCGCUGGUCUCUGUCUCCUCAGCUGGUCCAUGUGCUCAACAUGACCUCUGCUGAAAUAUUCACCUACUCGGUGCAGCCGCAGGAGGACGUGGCAUCCCUGCAGGAGCGAAUCGCGCAGGACGCUCGCAUUCCUCCGGCCAAUCAGGAGCUGCUGCUGGAGGCGGGGCUUGCGCUCGAGCCGCACAACAGCGUCAUGCAGUGUGCAAUCGAUUAUAGCAUGAUGGACACUCGGCGGGCAGAUGAGCCGCUGGUUUUCCUGUUUGACCGCUCCUGCUACAGCUACGAGCCUCAGUUUACGCCGCGUGUCCUUCCUGAGAACAUCCGAUUCGUCCAGAACGAGCUCAAGCGCUUGCUGCCCUACAGCUCCCAGAGACGCACGUGGGGUCAAGCGUGGCACACCAUCCGCGCGCUGAAGGAGGACUGGCAGAGACUGCAGCAAGGACAGAAAGUGGCCAUCAUGAGUCUCCUCAGACACAACGGCACGCUCUCAAAGCAGAAGAACGAGAUGGUGUCCAUGCACCAGAGGUUAAAAGCCACGCUGGAGUUCUUCAGCACCAGUCUGCACAUCGACAUCGACAAAUACCAGGAGCAGAGAGCGACGGGCAUCGCCUCUGAAAAAUUAUUGAGUGUCUGGAGAGAAAUGGAGCAAACCGCCCUGGACUGUGGACAGACAGAAGACGUGAAUAAGCUGGAGGAGGAGAUGAUGACCCUUCAGACUGAUAUCGUGGAUCUACAGAGACAGCCGUGGAGGAGUGGAGAGGCUUUAGAGACGCUCGAGGUGAAGGCCAUGGACCUCUUCCGUAAACUGAGAGAGAAGCCCAGAGAGCAGCGCAGUAUGGGCGACUGUCAGGAAGUGAUCAAACUGGUGGUUCAGGCCGUGCAGUUCUACGAGAGGAAGCUACGGGACUUUUACACACACCUGAGUAAGACGAUGGUGUGCCGUCAGAGAGUCCUGGAGCUGCUGCCGCGUGUGGAGGGGAUGGUGAGUGCGAUGGCUCGCAGCGAGAAACAACUGCAGCACCUGCAGGAGAAGAGACAGAAGGAGCUGUGGAACCUGCUCAAAGUGGCCUGCAGUAAGGUUCGUAGUCCAGUGAGCGGCAGUCCAGACGGAGGACGGACUCCACCGGCCCCUGCACACCCGCUGAUGUCCCACAGACCGUCCGACGUACCGCAGACAGACGAGUCUCAGCUUGUGAUCGAGGAGAGCAAGAUGUUUGAGAGCCGCCUGCAGAGUAUAGCAAAACACAACACA